CUUGAUCUAUUUUGUUCUAUUUUCUUAUAGACUCUCCAAGGGACUUAAGGGCAGACUAAAGAUAAAUAUGGGAGAAAGAUGGAGUGUGUUCGUUGGGGAGCUGAAAAGGGUGAGCUUCAUAGCUGCACCAAUGGUGGCAGUGACAGUGAUGCAGUACCUCUUGCAAUUUGCGAGCGUGAUGAUGGUAGGGCAUCUUGAUGAACUCUCACUUUCUGGGGUCUCCAUUGCUACCUCUUUCACAAGUGUUACGGGCUUCAGUUUUCUUUUUGGGUUGGCUGGUGCAUUGGAGACUCUAUGUGGACAAGCAUAUGGAGCAGAGCAAUAUCAAAAGCUUGGAAUUUAUACUUACGCUUCCAUUAUCUCUCUCAUUCUUGUUUGCCUCCCUGUAUCUCUUCUCUGGUUAUUUACGGAAAAGAUAUUAAGAUUGACAGGCCAAGACCCUUCAAUUUCUUUUGUAGCACAAAAGUACUCCAUUUAUCUUAUCCCAAAUCUAUUUCCCUAUGCUAUACUUCAAUCUUUGAUCCGCUAUUUCCAGACUCAGGGCUUGAUUCUUCCAAUGUUCUUCAGCUCCUUAGCAACUCUGUGUUUUCAUGUACCUCUGUGUUGGGUUUUAGUUUUCAAAUUGGAAUUAGAAAUACUUGGAGCAGCAUUAGCCAUUAACUUAUCAUAUUGGCUUAAUGUGAUCUUACUUGGGUUUUACAUGAAGUUUUCUUCAUCAUGUGAAAAGACACGAGCUGUGUUUUCGAAGGAAGUUUUCUUGAGUAUAAAAGAGUUCUUCCGCUUCGCUAUCCCAUCAGCUACAAUGGUUUGUCUUGAAUGGUGGUCUUAUGAGGUUCUUAUUUUGCUUUCUGGGCUUGUGCCAAAUCCAAAGCUAGAGACUUCAGUGUUGUCAAUAUGUUUUUCAAUUACCUACUUGCACUACAACAUCCCAUAUGGGUUUGGAGCUACAGCAAGCACGCUGGUUGCACAUGAGUUAGGAGCCGGACAUGCUAAGACGGCUAAAGUAGCUGUUUGUGCUGUAAUGGUUCUUGCAGUUUUGGAGACUGUUAUAGUGAGCGCAACUCUCUUCUUUAGCCGCCAUAGAUUGGGAUAUGCUUUCAGCAAUGACAGGGAAAUUGUGGACCAUGUUGCGGAUAUAAGUCCAUUGAUUUCUCUCUCAAUCAUUAUGGACGGCUUACAAGUGGUAUUUUCAGGGGUUGCUAGAGGAAUUGGAUGGCAACAUAUAGGGACCUAUAUUAAUCUUGGUGCAUAUUACUUAGUUGGAACUCCGGUUGGUGUAGUCUUGGCUUUUGUUUUUCACUUAAGAGGGAAGGGCCUUUGGAUUGGUUUGGUGACAGGAUCUACUGUGCAAGCUCUUUUGUUUGCUACCAAAACAAGUCUCACACAUUGGCAAAAGCAGGCAUCAAAAGCAAGAGAGAGGAUAUUGGAGGGUGAUUGUAACACCCCGACCCAAACCACAUCGGAAUUCGUGCACGUUGACCGAGGUUGACCAUUGACCGAGUGGGUCAAAAGUUGACUUUUUGUUCUAGUUGACCAUGGUAUCGUGGCGAAGUGCAUGAUGCCCCGAGUUCAUAGACUAGUAGCACGUCGAAAACAGAGCUACGGUUUGAA